AUGAAUCUUUCAGAACUUGGUGAAGAUGCAAGUCUACAAACAGCAGCAGAAGUGCAGAAUAAUCAUAGUGAAGGUGGAGAGCUUUUUGAUCUUAAUUCUUUACCACCAGGAUAUAGAUUUAAUCCCACAGAUGCAGAGAUAAUAGUUUUCUACUUGAGGAAGAAGCUCGAUCGUCAAUCAUUGCCACCGAACAAGAUAAUAGAAGUCGAUCUGUAUGCUUAUGGUCCUGACGAACUAGCAGCGAGAUACGAGCCAUCUGGGAGUGAUGAAUGGUUCUAUUUCACUCCAAGGGAAAGGAAAUAUCCGAAUGGGCAACGUCCCAAGAGGUCAGUCGGAGGAGAUGGAUACUGGAAGGCUACCGGAGCUGAUAAAGAGAUCAAAUUUGAGGAUCGAACGGUAGGGUACCGGAAGGUUUUAGUCUUCUACCGUGGAAGCGUUCAAAACGGAGUCAAAACCAACUGGAUCAUGCAUGAAUUCAGAGUUGCUAAACAUCCAGAGCCUCCAAGAAUAAGUGGUGUCAAUGAUAUGAGGUUGGAUGACUGUGUUCUAUGCAGAGUCUAUAGGAAAGACGAAAGGAUCUACAAAAGAUCACGACAUGAGUCUAGGCUUGAUGAAUCAGGCCCAUCAAGCUCCAAGAUUCCAAGACGUGACCUCCUCAACCAUGAUCCUAAUGAGGCCAAUAAUCGAUAUGAGGAGCACUACUCUUAUAAUAACAUCCAAAUGCCCCUCCAAACCCCACAGCCACAACCUAGAACUGAAAUAUUCCAAACCCCUCAAGAACAUGAUCAUUUUGCUCUGCAAAGCAACACCCCUCAAGAUCAUAUGAGGAGCAGUACUCUUAACCAUAAUCCUAAUGAGGCCAAUAAUCGAUAUGAGGAGCACUACUCUUAUAAUAACAUCCAAAUGCCCCUCCAAACCCAACAGCCACGACCUAUGACUGAAAUAUUCCAAACCCCUCAAGAACAUGAUCAUUUUGCUCUGCCACUGCCCACUCCUCAUCAGUCUAUACACAGUAUUGGGAAUGAAUUUGGAGGUCAGGGUCUAGGUAACUUUGGUAUAAUGAAUGGCACCUUUGGCAACAGCAGCUUUGAUGCAGGGAAUAAUAUUGAUUUUGCCAACGUCCCUGGGUUCGAUUCAACUAAUUAUGGAAACCCGGGUUUAUAUCCGAUGAUUUAUUAUGUCAAUGAUGCUACACCGAUGUCAUCAAACAUGAAUGGCAACUACGACCACGGUUCGCUGCAUGGAAGAAACAAUAAUCGACAGUUAUAG